AUGUCCGAAAUCAAGUCAAUAUUGAUCAUAGCGUGUUUUAUUUCUUUUUUUAUUUUUGGCGGUCUCGUUGAUUAUAUUGGUCUCGGAAGUGAUGACAGAUUGUUGGUGGAUUUUGAUAGCCCCAACAAGCUUAAUUUAUUGUUCACAAUUUUAUACGAGAAGAGCGGCUAUAGAGUGGACGUCGAGAAUGAGCUCAGCGUUAAGCUCAAUCCACUGCUCAAACAGCUCGAUCAGAUACACUCGUUCAGAACAGAAUCACAGCAUGUGUAUUACUCCCCAAUAGACAUUGAGAAUCCAGUAAACAGCCUCAACGCUUACAAUCUCAAUUCAAACGACGCGGACUUUCACUUCAUUUUCUACAUCCCAACGCAAUCCAACAAGCUCACAAACCAUUCGCUCACAAUACCAGAUUUUGGCAGUCUCACAGUGCUACCACCUACUCUCACAGCCCUCCCAUUACACUUUGUGAGGUUUCAGCUCAUGCAACUUCUCGGAUUCCAAGUCUGUGAUAGAUCUCCAACUCAGUCUGACAUCGAUCACCUCCUUCUCACCAAAAUAGACAGCCUCAACGAAGACAGCGAGUUUACCAUCAAUCUACUCUCCGACAUCCCUCCGAAAUCUAUCUUCCAUCUCAAUCAGUCUCGCAAUACCUCACUUAGUCUACCCACAAGACACCUCCACUCGUUUAAAGCAAAUGGACACGCGACAAAAGAGUUCCACAACCCAUCAAAACUCCCGCAGCUCUACUUCCCCGACGAACACAAGUACGCCAUUUACUUACCUCUCUUUGGACCAAUCACGAUACCCAUCCUGUUAUCAAUCGUCAAGCAAAUCAAGCAUUUCAGAAACAAAACAGCUAAAGAUCAUGUCAAACUGUAA